ACGAGAAUAGGUCGCAAGUCGCAUAGAUUUUUGGUUGAUUUCCUUUUCACUUUACUUUAAUAUUUUCUAUUGUAUCUAAUAAACUAACGUUUAUUUGUGUUCCCGCUUACGUUUUGAUUCAUCGGACUUGGUACCGUACCACGUAAAACGGGAUAAGUAGGAGAGUGAACAGCAUCUUAUUGAUUUUCUUUCCUUGCAUAUGCUUUCAACCAACGCGAGCUGAAGUUCGUAUUACGUGUGACGGGUCUAUGAUCUUAAUAAAGAUUUAACACUUUUGAUACUCUAAAAUUAACUUCAGUGAAGAUUUGCCGUAAUCGGUGAAAACAUUCUCGUUAAAAUGAUGGCCAAUUCACUCGAUUCCGUGAACCCUACUCAAAAUGGUAGUAAAGUUCAACCAUGCAACAAUGAAUCUAAGACUAAUUUAAUAGUCAACUACUUGCCACAAACGAUGACCCAGGAGGAGAUACGAUCGCUAUUUUCCAGUGUGGGCGAAGUCGAGAGUUGCAAAUUAAUAAGGGACAAAGUGACCGUGUUUCCAGACCACAUCCUCAACGGCCAGAGCUUGGGGUAUGCAUUUGUGAACUAUCAUAAGACAGAAGAUGCCGAAAAAGCAGUGAACACACUGAACGGCCUCCGAUUACAGAAUAAAAUCAUCAAAGUAUCUUACGCCCGUCCCAGCUCCGACGCGAUCAAAGGCGCAAACCUCUACGUGUCCGGCCUCCCGAAGCACAUGACGCAACAGGACUUGGAGAAGCUAUUCAGUCCGUAUGGCUCAAUAAUAAGCUCACGCAUCUUACAUGAGAACAUGAAUGUCGGUCACCUCUUGCAAGGCGGUAUGGAAGAGCAGGGUCUUCAGGGACCUUCAAGAGGAGUUGCCUUUAUUAGAUACGACCAGAGGAUCGAGGCGGAGACAGCUAUACGUGAGUUGAAUGGCACAAUACCUCCAGGUGGCACAGGACCUAUGACUGUUAAGUGUGCCAACAACCCAAGCAACCAAAACAAGUCGCUUCCUUCUUUAGCUACCUACUUGGCAGCUCCACCUACAGUGCGCCGAUUCUUAGGACCAGCUGGUAAGGCCCUGCUUGCUAUUAACAAAGGUCUACAGCGAUACUCUCCCUUGGCGGAUCCCAUGGUACAGGGUGCUGCGCUUGGGGGCUCAGGUUGGUGCAUCUUUGUUUACAAUAUUGGAGCUGACACAGAAGAGAGUAUUCUUUGGCAACUCUUUGGGCCAUUUGGAGCCGUCCAGAGUGUUAAAAUUAUAAGAGACCCCACAACCAACAAAUGUAAAGGCUAUGGCUUUGUUACCAUGACAAACUAUGACGAGGCUGUUGUAGCUAUUCAAUCUUUGAAUGGCUAUCAACUCAAUGGACAAGUGCUGCAGGUCAGCUUCAAAACUAAUAAGAGUAAAUCCUAAACUCUUUAAAUUCUAGUCAAUAAAUUGUAGUUAAUGCAAAAUGUUGAUCAUAACUCUGUCAUGGUUUGUCGUCAGAUUGAAUAAUCUUAGCAUUGAUAGUGAUGCAAAUCAUGACAUGACACCAAUUUUUACCCAGUGUUCAUAAAAAAAGUACAAACCAUCUCAUCACAGAUAAAAUUAACAUCACAACAUAACUAAAAUGUAUUAAAUAAAUGACACAAAUUUUAUUAGUUCCCUAAUUUAUUUUUCUUGUCUAUUAAGCUAGGCGUACUCGGACUGUUUAAUUAUAAGUCCAACCAUUAAUGAAGGGAAUGUAUAAUGAGUAUAAAGGAUGCAUUGGCAAGAUACAUUGGGGCCCAAUAUUUUUUAUAUCUGCGGACACUAUCAUGUUUCAUUAAACAUUUCAAUUUUCAUUUACUCUCUCGAUAAUAUUUGUGACAUAGUAUAAAAGAACAGGGUAUUUGUCAUAAUAAAAAAAAAUAUUCUGAAAAUUAUUGGCAAUUAAGGUCUUACCAUAAAAUACAUGUUUUUUAUCCAUUUACCUUUUUACCCCUACCCUGUAAGUAUGUCAGCACAACUAUGAUAAAAGCGUACUUAAAAUUAAACUGAUUUUUCAUUGUUGUCCGUGGACUUGUGGCCAAAUCAAAAUAGGGUUUUGUCGAUCUCCUUUAUUAUUUUUGACAUCAAAAACACUGAAAUAUUUUGGUCAUUUGUGCCAGCAUUUAUGAUAACAUCUUAAAAAAGGUGUUAAUGUUAGUCUGAUACUAAUAAAUAAUCCAUGUUUAUGUCCUGUAAAAUUAAUUAUAGGUAAUAAAAUAUUAAAUAGCUAAAAAUAAGAUUGUAUUUUGUAUUAAUAAUAACUAUUUGGUACAGGCAACAUAGGAAUUCAGAUAAUUACUUAAUUGAAUUAAAAAAAUUAAUGUGAAGCAUUCAAUAAUUAAAUAAAAUAUAAUCCAAGGUAUGUAGCUAAAUGUAUUUAAUUAAUUUGUAAUUGUAAUGUUUACAGGUUGUAAGCAUCCAUUUUAUAUUGCAAAUCUUUUCUCUUUAAAAUAUUACCUUUACUUGCAACAUUGACAACAUUAAGUGUUAUUUAAUGCUAUAUUGCCAAUCAUGUAUUCAUAGAAAGAGGAAAUGAAAGUGUUUCUUUCAUUUCUUUCCAAUACACAUAAAGAAUAAUAUUAUUAUAAUAAUAAAUAAAUUUUGUCCCUAAUAAAAUACUGAUGAUAGAUCAUUAUCACGAAAUAAAAUAAUAUAUUCUAUUUAUUUUUACAAUGACUUUCAGU